AGUCAGUGGCGGUGGAGCACCGGCCAGGAAGAUGACGGCGAGAUGCUACCUUCACGUUCAGCCCAACUUUGCAGGGAGAUUCCCAAAUCGAUUUUCCCGCCAGAUUAGCUUCCCAAAUCAACGCCCGCAUCUAGGGCUCAGAAACUCUUCUGGAUGGGGCGUGAAGGCUUUGUCGAUGUCUUCUUCUUCUUCUUCGUCAGCAUGGGAUCAGAAGCCCUACGACGUUCUGGCGGGCGAAAAGAGAGUGUACUUGGAUGAGGAGGACGUGGUCACGUUUCUCAGUCCUCCCAAGGAGCUCAUUCCUUUGGACCCCGCUUCUUUCAAUCCCGCCGCUUAUCUUUGGAAAAAGAUUGAAGAUAUUCCGAACGAAAGGCGGAAUCGAUUGCUACACAUGCUAAAACCCAGGCUUAUAAAAAGAGCUUGGGAGAUAGCUGGCACACGGUAUGAGGAUCCCAAGUUGUUGAAGAAAAGUACAUCUAGCUUGCUGUCUAAUGGAGAUGGAGUGCCAUCACUGGAGUUCUGGAAUUGCCGAGCAAGUGGAGGUCCAAUACCUAUUGCUUGGAUAAAUUUCUUCAAGAAGGCUAUAUUUCGUUCCAAGAAUGGGACAUUUGGGCGAUUAAUUGGUGGAUCAGUUAUUACUGAACUUACAAAGUCCCUUUAUCCACUUUAUUUUGCUUUGAGACAAAUGGGCGAAGUGAUGUCAACGGGGCAGCCUUGUGAUCUAGCGUAUGAAUUUGGAGAUGGAUUCUUGGAUAUGCUCGAUUAUCCUCCAGGUUUUCCAAAGCCAGGUAGGCAUCCGUGGCCCUUCAAUGAUGAGGUUGUAAUAUAUGUCCGCCAUCUGGGACCAGGAGUAUUGGUAGGGCAAGCCUGGCAAGAAGGAGCAGCAUUAGAACAAGUGCCUCAAAAGCUAUGUGGUGAGAUCUUAAUGGUGAAAGAUUAUGCUUCUCUCUGUGAAGAUCAGUGACAGAAAAGAAACUCUCUUCUUGGCUGCUAAGUUGGUCUUACGAAUCUAGUUGGGUUUUUCUUCAUCUUCUACUUCUGAGUUUGCUCUGUCUAGUAGAAUUCAGGCUUUUCAUAUACUGUUGUUGUAAUCCUCUUUUGGGGUAUAUCUUUUAAACAAGUUAGCUAAAUAAUAUAUCUUUGCAUA